GCAGAGGGAGGGUAUAAAAGUGGAGGAGUCGAAACCCCCAAAUAACUUCCUAUCACUUUGCAACCCGAUCGUGAGGAUACGAGGCAGCGGGACUGAUCGGGAUCCAUCAGAUCUCAUUGAGCUUUCUGCCAUGAAGAUUCUCAUGCUGCUUUGCACUGCCUUCCUUGUGCUCGCCUUUCUUCCCUGCCAUGACUGUCGAGCCCUGCAAAGCUCUGCACCAGCUACAAGCGGCCAAGAGCUCAAGUCCAGACUGCAGCAGCCGGGCUUACCGCUUUGGCUCCGCGUCGGGGAGGAAUACCUUCUCCGACUGGGCAAAACCUACAGAGACCCACCCGCCUUUGCUCCGGACCACGGGGUUUCCUUAACGCAACUGACCCAACUCAAGCGCGCACUUCAAGACAAAGUUGGAGACUUGGACGAAGUUGAGAGCAGGUACCAGGGCGAAGGCGACGAGAUGAUGAUGAUAGAACGGGGCAAAAGGCUGGAGGAGCCUCCCAUAUCCCUGGAUUUAACCUUCCACCUGCUAAGAGAAGUGCUGGAAAUGACUCGAGCCGAGCAACUGGCGCAACAGGCUCACAGCAACAGGAAAAUAAUGGAGCUAAUCGGGAAAUAGACACACACAC